AUGAGUGAAUCUGACUCUGUGUCGACCAAGGUCGAUAGAGAUCUGUUCUACAAGCUAGCGUCUGACCUGUCUGAAGAAAGACUGCAAGCAACAGUUAACCUAGUCACUGAGCUAUCGAAACUACCAGGUCAAUCUCCUGAAUGGAACUAUGUGCUGUCCAGACUCAUCAAUGGGCUUUCUUCCAGCAGAAACGGUGCCAGGCUUGGAUAUGGAUUGUGUCUCACCGAAGCGGUAUUUUUGGCACUACAAAAUGAGGUGUUGCCUGAUAUUAGCCACUACAUGCAGCUGCUUUUCACUUCGUUAUCCAAAGAGGCCGUAAAAAACGGCAAAGAAGAACGGGGCCUAAUUUUUGGCAAGCUUUUUGGUCUCCAGGUUCUGCUUAACGAGCCAUUGUUUUCCCACGUCUUCAAGACCAAUGAUGCUAAAUCAGGAUCUCAAGUUUUGAACCUCGAUUUUACUCUGGAGUACGCCAGUGCACUGAUUGAUGUUGCUACCACUAAAACGUGGAUUCGCGAGUCUGCUCUGUACACCUUAUACCAAGCCAUCGAGAAGCUGGCUCCAUUUUUCAAUUCCAGCGCAACAUUGGAUGCGAUACUAGGGUUGCUAGAAGAGAGUCAUUUAACGCUCACCAGCGAAGGUCUCGCCAUAUACAUUUUUCUCUUGCAUACCUGCCCUACGACCAAAAAAUUAUGUUCGCGCGAGGGGACUCAACUGCAAAAUGCUUGGAAAUCUGGUGACCCUCUGAAGAAGGGCAAUCUUCCGCUGAUCGCAAAUGCGCUCAAAGAAGCCAAUGUUUCUGAGGAAUCCACCCUCAAACAAAAAGCAGUCUGGGCUCCCCGCUUGCACUUUGUCUGGGAUGUUCUGCUACCUGCCAUUUUACGCACGGGCGGCGAAAAUCGUAACGUGUCCGAUAAACCUGUUUCUAAAAAGAGGAAGAAGGAAUCUCAUGAUAAGAAGCAAUUGAUCGAAUUGCCAGAGUUCUGGAAAUCGGUUAUUGACGACUCAUUUUUCAGCGAAAAGGCUUCAAGUGAAAGGAAAUAUUUGGGAAUUUUAGUAUUCGAGAAGGCUCUUCGAUUGGUUCCGGCUUCGGAACUUCCAGACAUAUUUUCCACGAACCUCAUGAGGUGUCUAAUAAAUCAGUGUGGUAGUCCUGAGAGAAAUUUGCAUAAAAUAUCCCAGAAAUCUUUGAACACAAUUGUUCGUGUUUGUCAAGAGAAUCCAGAGAAGACGGCAACUGUAUUGGAGGCUAUCGCUUUUGGCGAGACAGGAUCUAUACAUUUCGACAAACUGACGAAGUCCAAAACCAUCACCAAUCUGCUGGCAAAUAAAAUUUUCCACAGCGAGCAUCUUCUUAAAGUGACAGAAGUCUUGGGUCAUCAUCUUUUCAAGAAUGACAACGAGAUCUCCACGACUAGAUUCGCUGUAGAUGCCGUGCUCCAUCUCAUAAGAGCGCACAAACUACAGGCUGAUGUUUUAUGGAUUGAACCUUGUAUUGACCUGCUCAUAAAUCUAGGUUUCUUCCAACAUCAGGAUCCUGUGGAAACCGAUGAAAACGAUCUCCCCACGCAAUCGAUUAGCACGGUCGCCGUUGAGAGGCUAUACUCUGUCCUCGCUGACCUCCUUUCGGCAGAAAAGAAUCCUUCCAAGACUUGUUGGCCAUAUUUGGCGUUAAAAAAAGUCCUCUCAAAAAAAAGAGAUCAUCAACUCAUUAACGAGAUCGAUGCCGAGCUCAUCAGCAUCUUUUCCGCUGCUGAGGCAGAACUCGAAAAAGUCAAAAGUAAGCUUUCUCAAGACCAAUCUAACCUGCAGCUGUGGGCUUUGCAGUUACUCUUUUCUGUCAAUCUAUUAGAGGCGUACUCUGGCGAAGCAGAUUCUGUUUCUGUGUUGGAAGAUCUCAUAUCGUUUUCCGAGUUGUAUGAAGAAAAAGAAGAUAGUUCUUACGCCGGCUUUAUUGAGAUUCUGCUAUCUUUGGCAUCUCAAAGAAAGGCUUUACUGAGAAAGUCUAGCUUGAUGAUUUGGGAGUCAUUCGUUGGACAAGUCUCGUCGGAUGACCUUUCGGUUUUGCUUGAUGUACUACCAGCGAGGGAAAAUAAAGAAGGCUAUAUCAACCUCUUUGAGGGCGCUAAUGAAGGCGAAGGAUCUGAGGGAGAAAUUGACGAAGGUGAGCUAGAAGCGGAAGAAGAGGAAGAUGACGAAGAAGAAGAAGAUGAUGAUGACGAAGAUGUUGAGGACGCCUCGCAAGACGACGAAAGCAGCUAUGCGGAAGAUGAGCUACACGAUGGCGGUGCAGGUAGCAUAGAAAAGGAAGCUACCAGUGCUCUGGCAAAAGCCCUGAAUCUACCAGACUCUCUAGUGGAUGACAAAGGGGAAGUACACUUCGACGAUUUGAGCGGUACAGAUGACAAUGAUGACGAGGAAAGUGAAGAGGAUCUCGAUGAUGAAAAGAUGAUGCAACUGGAUGGCCAGCUCUCGGAAAUUUUCAAGCGUCGAAAGGAAGCUUUGUCUCUCAUCCCAACAGGAAACAAGAGAAAGAAAGAGGUUCAAGAGUCAAGAGAAAAUGUUAUCGCUUUUAAGCACAAAGUGGUGGAUAUGCUUGAAGUGAUGGCACGUUGGGCCGAGGCCGAAUCAAAGAAGGAAGAUUUUUCUGACGCCCUGGAAAAAAUAUUGGAUACUGUUGUUCCUUUGAUAGAGUGUGUUAGAACAACUCUGGACAGACCAUUGGCAGAAAAAGUCUCGAAGCUCGCCAAAAACAAGGUCACCAAGUUGAAAGUUAGCGGCGUCAAAGCUGCUGGAAGGUAUGACCGGGAUACCAUAGCGGGACUACUUGAGAGUGUUCACCAGUCCAUGCUCUCGAAAAAAUCAGGGCAAUUCCCAAACCUUUUCUUCUCAAUGUGUUCUUCAACUUCGAUCUUCUUGGCAAAGUUAAUGAUCGAGUUGGACUCUUCGAUAGAGACUUAUCUCAUUUUGACAGAAAUCUACCAUAAAUCGCUGAACGAGUGGCUGAAGCGGGGGAAAUUUGGUGUCAGCAUGUUUACAGAUUUCCUCAAUUGGCUCUCACUGAAGAAGCAGCAGACGGCAAACUAG